UUUAACAAAAAUUCAUUGUUUUGCUCUAGCCAAUUGCUUUUCAACUGCUGCUACUUUUUUUGUUUUGGCAGUUUCUUUAGAAAGAUUUACUGGGGUUUGGCGUCCAAUGCAUACAUGUUUUCAAUUACGUGAUAGACGCCUAUUUUUACUUAUUUUGAGUAUUUUUGUAUUUGCCUUUUUAUUAUCUUUUUAUCACCAUAUCGACCACAGAGUUACUAUACAGAUUCAAUGCAAUAGAGUUUGGGCUAAUUUCCAGCAUAUUAGCCAAUUAAAGAAUAUUUCCCCUUUUUUAUUAAAAUAUUUGAGAAUAGCCAAAUAUGGCCAGUCAUUAAUUGCUGUAAUUCUGCCUGUUAUUGCUGUUGCUAUUUUAAAUGUUUCUUUAGUUUAUUUUUUAAGAAAAAGGAGAAGAAUAUUAAAUAAUAGUACAAAUAAUGCUGACGGGGAUUUAAAUGAAUUUAAAGAACAAGAAUUUAGAUACUCAGAUAUAGGAACAUUUCAGCGUAGAGAAAGAAAAGUAACUGCAACAGUUAUUGCUAUUGUUACUUGUUUUACAAUAACACACUUGCCAACAUUAUGUCCAGUUAUUUGGGAACAUUUUUUGCCAAAUAAAAGGAGGGUUGAAUUAGUUACCGUUACAGCUGUUUUGAAUUGUAUUUUGGUGACUGGAAAAGUUUUAAACUUUUUCUGUUUUUGUUCAAGUUCGGAACAUUUUAGAAAAAGAACUGUUUUGAUACUUAAAGCACAAUUGUGUCAACGCCGUUCUCGAAAGAAAUAUUCUUCAAUGGUUGCUCUAUCUAAUUUAGCUACACAAACUAAUUUAACUUUAAUUCAAAACGGUUCUAACAGGAAAAAUUCGAGUUCUGCAAGAACAUCGAGAACAACUUCCCAUUCAAUUAUUUCUUCAAAUCAACAACAACAACCAAAUAAUAAUUAUAGAAUACAAAAACAGUCUAUACUUAGUUUAAGAGAGGCAUUAUUGAGACAAAGUGGAGCUGAAUUUGAUGAUAUAAUAAUUAAUUGUAAUGGACAACAACAAUAA